GUUGCCGUUUAUUUUGAGAAAAAAAAUUGCAUUUAUUUGGCAAUGUAAAAUAUCAAACGUUCACGUUCAAACUACGCCCACCUUAAAUAAAAGCAUCGAAAACAAACGUAUCGAAACCAACCAACUUCCUCAGACAAGAUUGCGAUAGCUUUGUAAAUCCUGGUCUGCUUCUGUACUGUACAGAAUUUGCCUUUUUAAUCACUUAUCACUGCUGUCAGCGUGAGAUCAAUCUAAGAGUGCGAGCAGAAUAAGUCUCCACAGCCGAUGUCUUCACUUGCUCAGUUUGAGGAGUUGAAGGCAAGAGCGGAGUCAUGUCUAGCAACGUCAGGUUCUGUCCAGAAGGUGAGGCCCUUCAUCACUGCUAUGGCAGAGACAGCCGUUCCAGUGUCUACCAGAUACCAGCACAUUCCUGCAGAAAACAUAAUAAAGGAAAACAUUGCUGGGAAGAACCAAAAAGAAGUUGUUGAGUCCCUGACCCAACUAAUUAAAGCUCUAAACAUUCUGGUGAAAUAUGGCUGUAAUUUAACCAACCCCAACAGGCCCCAAUAUUGGCGCACAGUCAAAUACAACAACCCAGUCUUUAAGACUGUAGUGGAUAUCAUAAAGGGUGGCAGAAAUGUGUUGUGUCUCUAUGGUUACACAAAUAAGAUGCCAGAUGGCUUGAACUUUCCUGAUGAUGUCACCAGUCCUGAUGUCCAAAAAGUCGCAGAAGUAGCCACAGAGGUCAUGACACUGUCUGCUGAGCUUGAUUUAUUCACCAAGGGCAAACAUUCCCAUCCAGAGUUUUUUGAGAAGAAUAUACCAUUGCAUCGACAAGCUCAAGAAAAGGAUGAUCAAGAGGUUAUAUCCGAUGCUAAAGUUAUCCAAGUUCCUGUCCCUAAACCUAGGGCAUGUAAUACACAUUGGCAAUGCCAGAAAUGUACCUUUAUUAAUUUGAAACAUGGUUCAAUAUGUGAGAUGUGUGAUAUGCAUCAAGAAGAUCCAGUUACCAAGAAUAUUAAUCUUUGCAAUCCCCUUCCAAGCAAAGAUGAUGUUAUGUCUAUUACUAAGUCUCAGGCUUCAUUCAAAAUCUUGGACAUAAAAAAACAGGACACUUUCCGGAAAGAGGGGCUAAAACUUCUCCAUCAUCUCAAAGAAGGAGAAAAAAAAGGUUUUGGCCCAGAGGAAGUGUAUGCUGCCCUACAGGCUUCUGGAGGCAGCGGAGUGUGGGAUUGGCUACAUUCUGAACUGCCACACGUUUUAGAAGAGAUCUGUGCCAUGGCAGCCUCAGUCCAACUGCACCGCAAAACCCAAUGUUCCAGGAUACAGGCUGGGUCAGGGGAGCAUCAUAAUACAGAGAUUCUAUUGUCAAAAGCUGAGGCCAAACAGGCUUGGAUUACCUCAGAGGGCAAUACUCAGAAAGCUGUUCUGCAGCUGCUUAGUGAUAGAGCAGCCAAGCUUCAUGUGCUUAUGUCAAUGGGCUUUGUGGACAGACUGGCAUGUGAAAAGGCCUUAUUUAUAAGUGCAGGUGAUUUGGGUGGUGCUCUGUCCCAUCUACAACGCCCUCUACUACAGCCUUUACAUAAUAAUAUCUGGAAAGAACAAACGAAUAUCCACUUUGACAUCAAUCACGAUGACAAAGAGUGGCUAUGCUGUAGACUCUUAGGGCUGUAUAAUUUGCCCAGCUGGGGUCGGUGUCUGCUUGCCCUAUCCUUGCUACAGCAACCUGAUGUUGAGUAUUCACUAGAAGAUGUGGUCCAGUGUGUGAGAGAACACCAUGAUAAAGACUUCAUCAACCGUAUUCUCAAGAAGGAGUGUAAAAUAUGCUUUGGCAGCUUUCCCCAGAGAAAGAUGCACUCUUUGACCGCAUGCCAGUGCUCCAUGUGUACUGAAUGCUUUAAACAGCACUUUACAGUAGUACUGAGAGACAAGCACAUCAGAGACAUGGUCUGUCCUGUGUGUGAAGAGCCAGACAUCAAUGACCCUGAAACCUUUCUAACUUAUGUCUCUACAUUGGAUGUGCAGUUAAGGGUGUAUCUGGAGCCUGAAACAUAUGAGCUGUUUGGUAAAAAGCUCAUGGAACAUGCUGUAAUGAAGGAUCCAAAGUUCCUGUGGUGUUGUCAUUGUACCAAUGGCUUCAUCAAUGACAAAGACCAGCUCAAAGUUACUUGCCAAAAUUGUCAGCAAAGCUUUUGUUCCAAAUGCAAAAAGCCUUGGGAAGAUCAACAUGAAGGUAUAUCAUGUAAUGAUUUUCAGGCCUGGAAAAGAGAAAAUGAUUCAGACUAUCAAAAACAAGGCCUAGCUGGAUUUCUGCAUGACAAUGGCAUUAAUUGUCCUAACUGUAAGUUUCAGUAUGCCCUGGCAAAAGGAGGUUGUAUGCACUUCACUUGCAGCCAAUGUAGAUAUGAGUUCUGCUGUGGCUGCAACAACCCUUUCCACAAGAGAGGAUGUAUGUAUGCUCAAUGCACAGUGACAGGACUACAUGCCCACCAUCCUCGUGACUGCCUUUUCUACCUACGAGACUGGACCCCAGCUAGGUUACAGGCUUUGCUACAGAUGGGUGGGGUGAAGUUCAACAUAGACCCUGAUGGGACAACGAUGGAAGGAUGUGGAGUGAUGGAGCAGAAAGAUGGAGCACAGUUUGAUGCACCAUGUGGAAUUCAAACACAGGAAGGCCAUGCUGGACUUUGCGACAAACAUUACAGAGAAUAUCUUGUAAGCCUCAUCAAUGCCCACUUGCUUGACCCUGCUGACUUCUUUGAAGAGGGUGAAUUAAUUAGUGCCUGCAAAAGACACAAAGUAUACCAUGAUCGAGGGGAAGAAGAAAAUGAUGAGACAUAUCACACCAGACUACGGCAGAAACUGAAGGAGAUACCCCUUGGUGAUAAGGUCCCACGAAAGAUUUAAUAGAAAGGAGAAGUUGUGAGCGUUUAGUUAUAUUUAAAGAUGAACAUAUACAUACAUAAUGUUUUAGCCACCUAUUGAGCUUAUGUAGCUGGUUUAGCUUGCCAAAGGUUACCAAAGAAUAUGUGAAGAUGCGGUACAGCCAGAAACAACUAGGCAAUUUAUAUAAAAUGUAUAGAAAAUUAUACUACUUUAUUCUUUUUCUCCACUAGUAACUUAGUUCAUUCAUACAAUGACACUCUUCACUUGAUUGCACCUGAAAUUUUUAAAUGAUUACCAUCCCAGUAAUCCUUCUGUCUAUUAUGCAUCCCUUUUGCAUUAAUAGCAAACGUACAAGUAUUGUCCUUAAAAUGAAAUCAUCUACUUGUGAAUUAGAUGCAGUCUUUAUUACUUUUUUAAAGAAGAUUUUACUUUAAGUUUUCAAUGAGGUUUUAGCCACUGUGAUCAGUCUUCUUUCUGAAGGUAUCUAUGAUUAGAACUCCAAUUAAGAAAGCAGAUUCAGAUCCAGCUGUUUAUCAUUUUAGGCCCAUAUCCAGCCUACCGUUUUUAAGUAACAUCUUGGUAGAAACUUGUUAUUCAACUAAAUUUUUGAUUUCAGAUAAUGUCUUUGGAAAAUCUGGUGCUCAUUUUAAUCACAACACUGAGCUUGCCCUGUUCAGAGAUUUUAAAUUUUCUGCUGCUGAGUGCUAGUUCUGAUAAUACUUAUAUUCUUGUUCUUCUUGACCUGAGUGCAGCUUUUGAUACUGUAGAUCAUGACCUUAUUCUGCAUUGACUUAAACACUAAGUCUCUCAGCACCAGCAUGAAGCUGCUUCAGGUCAUACCUCAGAUAGCUUUAUGGAAAGAUAUCAAAACAUUGACAUUAAAUAUGGAACUCCAAGAGGAUCCAUUUUAGCAUUUUUUGCUCUUCUUUCUCUGUGACACCUCGUUACAUAAUUCAAAAGCAUUAAAUCUAUUUUCAUAGUUAUGCUGUUGACACACAAUUUUAUAUACUAGUGUUACUGUGUAUUCAGGAGCCACUUAACAAACUGAACAUAUACUUGAAUGAAAUAUCUGACUGGACGUAACAGACCUUUUUACAUCUAGGCAAAGAUGAAUGAA